AUGGUUUCUCAGGAUACAAUCCUACGGGUGGCCCAGGCACACGGUGCUCCUAUGCCCCCUGCGCAAUAUCUGAGACGCUUAUACUCCGAUGGUGUCGUCAACCUGAACGGCGAGGAUGUAAAGCCCAAGCGUGGCGUACGGCAGGGUGAUCCCCUAUCUCCCCUGCUGUUUAUGAUGGCAAUGGAUGAGGUGGUGAAACAAUGCCGUCCAGAGUUCGGCUACAACUUGGAAGGCACAAGAAUUAAGGCGCUGGCGCUGGAGGAGAAAUUGAAAGGGUUAGCUUCAGCCCUAACAGCUGCAGGUAUGGACUUGAAUGGCGCUAAAGGCGCAGCUAUGAAUGUGGAGAAGUCGGGAAAGCAUAAAACGCUAGCUAUUGUGCCUGGGUCACUCCAGGUUGGAUCUGAGGAAGUUAAGUGUCUGGGACUCACGGACGCAGUGAAAUAUCUCGGUCUGCGGUUCAACUGGAAAGUGAUACUCAAAGAGUUUGCGACCCCGCGCCUGCAGUACGAACUGGUUCUCGGCAGUGUGCACAGGAACACCCUGAAAGCGUUGGACUUGGCGGCCCGCCACGCGGUGAGAGCAUGCCUGCGGUUGCCCAAGGGCACCCUCUUGGGUUUCAUUUAUUCGAAAGUUAGAGAUGGCGGGCUCAGACUAACGUCAUUCGCGACAACAAUCCCGCUCCUUCAAAGAAAGAAGUUUAAGCUUAUUGCAAGCUCUCCUGACCCGGUGGUACGUAGCCUUCUCAAGGCUAAGAAUGUGGUUUCAGACCAAAAAUUUGCGUAUAUUCCUGUGCGUGCUAAAGAGACACUGGCAAGUUCGGCAGACGAGGCGUCAAAGGCUUGGCGAGCAGACUUGAAAUCAACUGCGGACGGGAGAGAGCUAGUCAUAGACUCUGCUGACCGUGCAAGUUUUGACUGGCUGGCGAACCCAGGGACUGUCCUGCCACGGCUUUUCAUACGGGGUAUUCAACUCCGUGCGGGUGUCCUGUGCUCCAAGAUAAGAAAUGCGAGGGGUCGAUCGGUGGCCAGUGACGACUUGCUGUGUCGGGGGCGUUGUGGCGCAGAUGGAACCCUUAACCACAUCUUGCAGAGAUGUCAGGUUACACACGCCGCCCGAUGUGCCAGACACAACCGGAUGGUGCAAAACCUAGCUGGGCGAUUGUCCCGAAGAGGUUAUGAAGUCAUGACCGAGCCGAUUAUUCCGGUAGGUGGAAAUUUCUGCAAACGGGACUUAGUCGUUCUUGAUGUGACUGUGGUUCGAGGUCAACGGUUGGCCGAGAGCUGGACUCUCAAGACGACGAAGUAUGGUUUGAGGGAGGUAGAGACCUAUAUACAGUCGAAUCUCUUCGGACGAUCUCUCGGGGACGUCAGGCAUCUCCCGGUGGUGUUUGCGGAUAAGGAGCUGCUGUGUGAGCGCUCCGGUAAAGGUCUGAGAUCCUUGGGCCGUACCACGGAUGAAUUGUCGUUUCUCUGCCUGCUUGUGACUCGGGGCUCCUUAGCCUGCUAUGAUGUCUACAUGCGAGGAACUUAG